AUGGCCGCCGCCGCCGCCGCCGCCGGAGCCCGGAGGCUCCUCUCCCGACGCGCGUCCUCCUCCUCCAUCUCCACCCUGCUCCGCCGUGCGGCGGCGCCGCACGAGCCGCUGCUGCGCCCGGCGGCACUCGCGGCCGUCGCCUCCCGCCUCGGCUUCCUCCGCGGGAUGGCGCGGCGGCCGGGCGGCGACGGGUACUCCCCGACGCGAUCCGGCGGCGGGGGCGACCGCGCGCCGACGGAGAUGGCGCCGCUCUUCCCCGGGUGCGACUACGAGCACUGGCUCAUCGUCAUGGACAAGCCCGGCGGGGAGGGCGCCUCCAAGCAGCAGAUGAUCGACUGCUACGUCCAGACCCUCUCCAAGGUCCUCGGAAGCGAGGAGGAGGCCAAGAAGAAGAUCUACAACGUCUCGUGUGAGCGGUACUUCGGUUUCGGGUGCGAGAUCGACGAGGAGACAUCUAACAAACUGGAAGGCAUUCCUGGUGUGCUGUUUGUCCUGCCUGAUUCAUAUGUCGACCCUGAGCACAAGGACUAUGGAGCUGAGCUUUUUGUGAACGGAGAGAUCGUUCAGAGAUCUCCUGAGAGGCAGAGAAGGGUGGAACCUGUGCCACAGAGGGCAUCAGACAGGCCUAGGUACAAUGACAGAACCCGCUACGCACGAAGGAGGGAGAACCAGCAAAGGUGAUGACCAGAGGUGAUCAGAUGAAGACUCAAUAACAAACCGUGGCGGUUUCCCCGUUCAAAUCAAAAGGAUAAAUAUCAUCUACGGAAUAGAAAAAUUGCAUAUUUACUGUAUGCCAACACAAGGUGUUUCUUUUCGUCAUGUUGGUGAUCCUGCAUCACGUAUCGUCCUCUACUAGUUAUUAGAUACAGCCUGGAAGUUACUUGAAUUGCAUCCUUACUGUCAACGCUGCAGCCUUGUGCACUUGUAAAUCUGGUUUGAUCUUCGAAUUAUGCAACUCUAGUUAAAGUUCUUGGUGAUAAUGGAUUGUUUGAUAGUC